AUGUGGCAACGGUUUGUAGUGCUGCUGCUGCUCAACUGGAGCUCCUUCUCGACUGGCCAAAACAGCAGCGAGUUGGCCAAGAACUGGAGUGAAGACGAGGAUAUUCCCAUUGGCAGCGACAAGGAGCUUUCGGAUCUGGUGAUUACCACAGCCCUGGGCAAAAUAAGGGGCACUAUUUUACCCUCCCAGGCUGGGCGCAAUUUCUAUGCCUUUCGGGGCAUUCCCUAUGCCAAGGCGCCCGUCGAGAAUCUACGCUUCAAGGCGCCCGAGCCAGUGGAGCAAUGGUUUGACAUCUUUGAUGCCACCUUCGAUGGUCCCAAGUGUCCGCAACCGGGACUCUUUAGUGAGGAUGUGAGCGAGGAUUGCCUGAGACUCAAUAUCUAUUCACGAGAACUUCCCAGCGAAGUGGAUCCGAAUCCUAAGAAGCCCGUCCUGGUUUUCAUACAUCCGGGCGGCUUUUAUUCUCUCUCUGGACAGAGCAAGAAUUUUGCAGGCCCACAGUAUUUUAUGGAUCGCAAUCUGGUGCUGGUCACCUUUAAUUAUCGCCUGGGCACACUGGGAUUUCUGGCCACGGGCACGGAGCAGGCGCCAGGCAACAUGGGGCUCAAGGAUCAGGUUCAGUUGUUGCGAUGGCUAAAGCUGCACAUCUCCCGCUUUGGUGGCAAUCCCAAUGAGAUCACAUUGCUGGGCUAUGGAGCUGGUGCGAUGGCUGUCACCCUGCACAUGGUUUCCCCUAUGUCGCGUGGUCUCUUCCAUCGUGCGAUUGUGAUGAGUGGUGCCCCAAUGGGUCAAUGGUCCCUGCCACAGCAUCAAAUGGAUGUGGCCAAAAAGCAGGCGGCAUUGCUUCAUUGCAACACGGAAGACAUUAACGAAAUGUUGGACUGCCUCAGAAAGAAACAUUAUCUGGAAUAUGCUAAUACGCUGCCGCACAUGUUCGAUUUUGGACGCAAUAAUCCAUUGAUUGUGUGGAAACCCGUUGUAGAGCCAGACUUUGGUCAGGAACGAUUUCUCAUCGAGGAUCCUGUGCGCAGUUAUCAGAAUGGCGAUCACAUGAAGAUACCCAUUAUAACAGGCAUGACCAAGGAUGAGUUUGUGGGCCCAGCCAUAUCUAUACUGCAAAGUUCCUCCCUGCUGACUGCCUUCAAUGCAAACUUUGAUAGCUUGGCGCCCAUAUGUUUUCUCUACAAUGCCAGCAGUCCACGUGCCCAGAAUAUAAGCCAGGAGUUGAGACAACACUAUUUUGGAGAUCAACCCCUCAGUGCAAACAAUUCGCUGCAAUCGCUGGCGGAGCUCUACUCGGAUGCCUUGACAGGAUUUGGAAUACAUCGCUUCGUCCAUCUGGCGGCAAGGGCAACCAAGGUGUAUUACUAUCGCUUUGCCUAUCAAGGUGGACGCAGUCACAUCCACUUUCCGGAGGAUGCACCUUACGGCGUUGUGCAUCACGAUGAUUUAAUGUACUUGUUUGUGGAGCCCUCGAUCAGUCGCAUGUUCACAGAGGACGACGACGAGUUCCGCAUGGUCGACAUCAUGACACGCAUGUUCUCAGCCUUCGCUUACAAAGGCGAUCCCAAUAAGCCCACCGAUCUACAACUUCGCGAUAUUCGCUGGCGACCUUUUAGCUUCAAGAAGCGUUACUAUCUGGACAUUGGCGAUGAGAUUACUCUAAGGGAGAAUCUCAACUCGGAACGCUACGAGCUCUGGAAGCGUUUGUUUCCCCUCAACUGGCGACGUCAGACCAAGGAUAAUUGGUUCAUAUGAAACAGCUCUUGUUGCCUACUGUACUCCCAACUCUGAAUUUCAUUAAAAUGUAUGCAAUUUGGCAAUUUA